CUCCCUUUUUCGCCCGUCCAGCCAUCGUGGUGGAAGCUCGGCUGUCAUCUCAUCAUCAUGUCCUCUCAUAAAACAUUUAGAAUCAAGAGGUUCCUGGCCAAGAAACAGAAGCAGAAUCGGCCCAUCCCUCAAUGGAUCCGAAUGAAAACUGGUAAUAAGAUCAGGUACAACUCAAAAAGGAGACACUGGAGAAGGACCAAGCUCAGAUUAUAAAGAAUGGCCAGCGCAACGAAAGACGAAACACCAGAACCACCUCCCCCACCCUUACCAUGACAUCCUUCCAUCCAUCAAUCCAUCCAUUCAUUCAUCCAUCAAUCACUCAGUCACCUCAUUGCCCCCAAUAAAAAGUAAAUACCACUACUGCCCUCCCAUUUUGGAAGCUGUCUGCCAAGAUGCAGACAUCAAAAAAACCCCAACCCUGACAAACUGUUAAAUUUGUCUUGCCCUUGAAUG